CUGCUGGCGGGGGAGACGGACACGACGAUCUCCAAGCUCGGCGGUCUGGCCUCCUCAGAGCUCGACGGCGUAUCUGCAGCCGGCCACAUAGCCUCUACACUGGGCAUCAACCCACACGCGCUCCAGAUCAUGAAGGCGUCUCUGUUUGCUGAGGACGACGAUGACACCGACAUGUUCCACGAUCACGCGGCGAUGAAGGUUUCCACGGAUGUCUCGUCUCCUCGCCUCGUCCUGCCGGCCGCUCAGGGCCGACCCUCUGUCGGCGGCCUCCUUCAGGCUCGGUUCACCUCGGGCCUCUCUCAGCUGUCGGACUCUCCCCGCCCUCUCCUUCCUCCAUCACGGCCGUCUCCAGCCGGCGUCGAAGCCCCCCGCUCUCUGCAGUGGGCGGGGCCUGGCCCGUCCCCCUUCAUGCUGCCCUCCCGGACUCCGGAGCCUUCAUUUAGGACGGUUGGCGUUCGGCGGCUCGGCGGCCCCGUCCCCCUCAAGGAGUCGAUCACUCACGGGAAGGGAGGUUUACUGAUGGACACCGGGCUGUUCGCCGUGCGCUCCUUCCGGGUCGGGUGGGGUCCCGGCUGGACGCUCGCACACUGCGGCAGCCGGCUGAGCUCGCCAACGUCCAAGCAGUUCGAGCACCAAGAACUGACGGCAAAGACGGACUUCAGCUUCCUGCCGAAACCUGCCAGGAGCAAACCGUAAGAGCCACGAACACGCCGCACGCCAACACAUC